GUGUUGGAGAAAACAUAACAAUAAACCGUAUUAGUCAACAGGAAUGGUGUUCAUGUGUGUGUGCUAGAGGAAAAACAACUGGAAGUGGCUGCUCAGUAGAUGCAUGAGCUCUGUGUUGUUGGACCCGGCUAUUUUAGCCUUUCCGGUAUCAAAUCAGUUGAGCAGAAGGAUUGCCCUAUAUUUCUUUUCCUGUGAUGCUCCUUUGCCUCGUCUUGCCUUCACGCGCAUGUGUGUUGUUUUGACAGAGGCUUCUGCAUGCACAGAAAGCAAUGCAUGGCUGACUCAUUCAGCCCAGAUGCAUGUCUUCCUAUGGAUGUCAGCUAUACGUGCAUGUGCAUGAGGCAGGCUCAUUAAUGUUACAUGUGGUCUUAACACAUACGUGGCGCGCAUGCAACUGUGACCUACUUCGCCCUUUUACUACCAGGUCAAUUCCAAAUGUAAUAUACUGCUAUAGACCAGUAUACACAUAACCAUUUUAUCCAGAGUUACAAAAAAACAAUUAGCAAAAUAGGGACCUGAGUGAGUAAAGCACCGAGAUACACUGGUAAGGAGUUUUACAAUUUCCCUGUGCUUGCGUACUGUUUCGAAUGAGAAAUGCUGCAAAGAAGAAGAAGAAAAACCUUUAUUUGUCUCACAAUGGAGAAAUUCGCAAAUGCUAACACACUAACAAUUGUUAUGCUGACAUAUAGCUUAGGUGCAGAAAGUCAGAGCAAGCGCAUGGCAGGUGACAUAGCAAGAUGUCUGUCUUGGUACAAAAAGCGCUAAUUGGCCAUAAAGCAAGCGUCACCAACGGGCAUGCGGGCACAUGAGCCCUGUUCUAAAAAUAGCUCAACAUUGAUGGGGCAAUGUGAUUUCCUCAAAAUGCUACAAUCAUUGUUUGAAUAUUGGAACACUGGCAGAGAUAUAUUGAAUCAAAGUGUUACACAUAAGGCUUGUCUCGUUCUAAUGUGUUGGGUAGAUUGCUUGCGUGCCUGUGUGUGGUGGGGUUAAAAAAUAUGGAAUGCAAAGAAUCUUUAUUAAAACCGACAGAUCAGAGAAGGCCCAUUGUGAAGCCCCUAAUUAAUCAUGGGAACAUUUUGUAACUGUGUCUUCUGGGAACGUAAAUUACUUAAAACCAAGUGCAAUUAUAUUUAAAUACAAGAGCAGGGACAAUGUGGUGCCCUCCUACCGGCUGUAACAUUUGGAACCUCUGCACAAUCAGAUUUCUUUUGAAACAAAAAAAUAAUAAUAAUAAUGCUGUCUUUGAGUAUUAUUCAAGCAUUGCUUAUUAUUGUAGCUGGUCGUGGUGGAGGACUACACUGCCUCAGACAUGCUUCUAAUUCUCCUGUCUGUAAACAAUUGUGCUCUCGAGGACCACUAAUACAUCUUUCAUUGACAUUAAGAAUGGCAAUUACACACACAAAGUCAUCAGGCAUACGAUAGAGACCCUGAGGUGUGCAAACUUGACUCUCAUAACGGCAGCAACCCGUGAAGGUCACAGCCCACUCCUUCCCCGCUGCUGUUUGUAGGUCAGUCGGCCAUACUGUCUGCUCUGUCACUGCAGACCCUGCGCCAGCUUGCAGAGCCCUUGUGAGUGACAUGGAACGCACAGGCGCUGGCAUGCGGGUGUGCAGGGAAGCGUUGCAGCACUAGUCAUGUUGUCCCCAGAUACGGUUGGCGAAUGACCUCCAGCGCCAUUGCAGUUUGACUUCAGAGGACAAGAGUAAGGAGCAUUAUUACAAGGCUCUGCAGGUCCAGCCGAUGUGUUCACAGCUCCCUCUUGUGUCCAUGAAUCCAGUCAUCCAUUUUCUCACAACCACCACAGACAUUCACUGCAUUAUGCUCACAGUAAUAAUGGUCCUUAUGUCACACGAACAUUUUAUAUUCAGAUCAAAGAAACGAGGCACCGAGUGUACAUGAAGUCAAAUUACAUUAAAUUCCUGGACUCAAAAUGCAGUGGAAUAUCUGACUUCAAAUGGACUUUUUUUAGGAUGCUGGUUGACCUCAAAAUUGUUGAGAUGGUAAGAAAUAAGAAUAAUAAGAAAAAUUUGUUUUGCAAUAUCUUUAUAUAUUGUCAACUAAGCUGUAUUACACUUAGCAGUAGAUGUCAUGGCGGAGGUGCGUGUACAAUUUACAAACAUGUACCAUAAAAUAAGUUACGUUUCUAAGGCAGUCAUCCCAUUUUUACAUCGCACAUGCAUGACUGAUUCAGGGGCAUAAGUAGAAAAAAAUAAUAAAAUCAACAUUUAACUGUAAUUAGGUUAACUGUGGCGACUGCAAAUUAUGCAGUCGCCUGUGCACUGGAAUUACGAAUAUGGGCAACAUAAUGGCUCACCGGUGUAGUCAUCACUAGAUGAAGUGCAAACGUGUGGAUUCCCCGAAAUACUUCAAUUUCAAUGAGAGCAUCAGUAAAAACUUUACCCCACUUCUCUCUUUGUGAUUUCCUCCUGCGGCCUGCGUCAGUCUCCCCCCAGUAAGAAGCGCAAGUUGGACAGAGUGCGGAAACCUCUUUCCUUCACCCUUCCCCACGUGGCUUUGAGGGAGCUCCAGAUGAAGUCCCGUGGUCUGGACUGCACUGGCCGCCAUCCUCUGGAAGCCAUCACAACUCUUAUGGAGAAGGCGCUAACGGAGCUGCGGGUGCUGCACAAGCGCGUUCCGUGCAGGGAGCAGGAGCAGCGCCUCCUCCUGACCGCGGUGGAAAACACUUGGAUCCACGGUCGACAGAAGCGACGCGAACAAAUGCGGCAGUUGCGAGAGCUGCCAAGAGCACAUCACAGCACCGCGGCUGCCGCCACGACGCCCUCCCUCGCCCAAAACAGCCAGGAGGAUGCCACUCAUGAGUCAGCUGACCAGCAGGUAACUGCAGAGUCGAUUGGCAACAGUGCCCCAUCCGUCGAAAGCAUGAAGGCUACCAAGGCCGCUGGUGAAAUGAAUCAAGAGCUCCUGGAAAAGGUUGCAGGUGAAGAUGGGGAAAUAAUGCCUGAGUGCAGCUCUGCAGGGACAUGUGGCCUGAAGGAUGCCACUAGUGCCACAAGCGAGAUGUCAUCAAAACAACCAGCGAGCCCGGGGUCAGUGGAACACUUCCUGUUUAAAUGUAUGCUGAAUGUGCUGCAGGAGGAGGGCGACGCAAUGAUUGAGAUGCACUGGGUGGAAGGUCAGAAUAAAGAUCUGAUGAACCAGCUGUGCACCUAUCUGAGGAACACUCUUUUAAAGGCUGUUGCCAAAUCAUGAACAGAGAGAGCCGCAGUAGAGAUCAUGGAUACAAAACUUGUAUCUGAGAUGAUUUUGGCAUGUUGAAACAAUUGCAGCCCACAGUUUUGUACGUGAACCAGUGUGAGUCAGUGAUUUAAAUUUGUUGGACUUGACAGUUUACCUUUUUAGGUAAUCACUGCUACUCAUUUUAUUUGACUUUAUUGCCAAGCAGUGGGAAUAAAUGUGAUUUUAUAAAAU